ACAAUAACAACAGAAACAACAAUUAAAUUCUGAUGUAAUUAAGCUUAUUAAGUUUUUUUUAACCAAUUCAGAGAUCCAGAUAAAUCUAUAAAAAUGUAUUAUGCUUCAUAAUGAUCUAUUGUCACAAUAAAAGAGAGACUUUAUGCUAUACUUCUAGUUGUUGAGUAAAAAAUAAACGAGAAAAUAAUGCAAUUAGAAGGACAGUCUGGUAAUAUAAUUUCGAGAAGCUGAACGUAAAGAUAAAACACGCAGAAGAAAAGCUUCACCUUUUAGCUUAAAGUUAUAAAUAACAGUUUUGUUAUUGUUUUAUAAGUUCAAAAAAUAAAUAUCAAUUCUAAGCAAAAGUUUUAGGUAUUAAAAAGAUCAUUAAGCAAAAACAUUUAGUUCAACUAAAAACACAUUAUCUGGCAAAGAAGCGAAAUCGACCAAGAUGAAAGGAGAUGUGUUAGUUUUACUGCUCACUGCUUUGUUGUUUGGACAAAACGAAGCUGCUGGAGAAAAUAAGUCAAUAACAACUGGAGAUUUUGAAAUUGAAGUCCUUGGUCAAUCUGGUAAAAUCAACCUGAAACAGGUUUCUACAGGUAAAAGAAUUUUACAAGUGAGUCCAGAUAGCUUGGAGGAAUACGAAAAUGCUGCUGACACGACAGUAGUUAGCCAGCAUAUCUUUAACGAAUUUUCAAAGCAAGUCUUCACCUUUUCUCCACCCUCAAAUGGUAUGGUAUAUAACGCAAGUGCUAAAAUAUUGAAAUUUACCACAACUUUUCUUCAAAAUACCAAAGUUUCCUUUGAUAUGUAUGUAUUUAUGGAAAAUAAAACCAUCACGGUUGAUUCUGGUGAAGAAUACGAAGUGAAGGAAGGUUCAGCAAAGUUUAAUGUGAAUAUAAACAACUGGCUUUUCUGUGGUACUGGACAACAGACUUGUAAUGGAACGAAUGGAAAUUAUUUAGACUUUUCCAUUGAAGUAAAGGGAAUGAAAGCAGAUGAUAAAGCUAUGAAAGCCAACAUACAGACAGGAAAGAAAGGGAAUAGUAUCGGGAAAAACCCGAUAACUUAUCAAAUGGGAGAUGGAUUUAUUACAUUAUCACCAUUGUAUAAAUUUGGUGGUUGGAUGAAUAUGCCUGAUGGAUAUCCAAAAUUCGUUCAAAGAAAUUCAAAAACCUACUUCGUGGUUAGGUUUAGAAAAUUUUUAACAUCCGUUAGUUAUGAUCCCAUCAUCCAGCUUGCGUAUUCUGAGAAGAUACCUGUAAGCUCAGCCUUGUCAAUAACUGGGUCAGCAUACGCUAUCUUCUUUGGAGUUGCUAUAAUGUUUGUCUGUAACAUUAAAAUGUUGUAAGAAACGAGUGGUAUGUUAAAUGGUUGAAAUUGUCAUACCAACGCAAGUUAUAAUUAACCUUAAAGAAAGUUUUUUGAUAUUCUGAAGAAUAAUUCGCAAAAUUCGCAAAUAUUUUUCCCGCAAAAUUUCUUUCCUUAUGGUAAGUUUUUUCGGCAAAUUAUUAAAUUAAGCACGCCUUUUUCCUUCUGUAGGAUGUAAUUAUACAAUUCUUGGAUUGAUUUUUCAAUACAGCACUUUAUAAUUAACAACCUGUAG